AUGGACGCGGUGCCGAUCACAUCGUCAUACUUCCCUUCGUCGCUAUUCUGGCCACUUCUAAUUGUCGUCGGAGCUUUGACGGCUAUACAUUAUUACAUGGAAAAUUUGCGAAUCGUGAGACUCGGCAACAAACUUCCAGGUCCGAAAACGGUUCCCUUCUUUGGAAACGCAUUGAUGGCCGUUGGUGUCAAGCCAAAGGAUGUACUCACUGAAAUCGAAAAGUACGACAUCUACGGAAAUGUCGCGAGAGCAUUUCUGGGCCCUAAACUAGUCGUUUUUCUCGUUGAUCCAAGAGACAUCGAAAUCAUUCUCAGCAGUACGGUUCACAUUGAUAAAUCCCCCGAAUAUAGAUACUUCGCACCGUGGCUGGGCGAGGGAUUGCUCAUCAGCACGGGCGAGAAGUGGCGCAGUCAUCGUAAAAUCAUCGCUCCGACUUUUCAUCUGAACGUGCUGAAGUCGUUCGUGCCUCUGUUCUUCGAGAACAGCAUCGACCUGGUGAAUCGAUUGAGGAACGAGGUCGGCAAGGAGUUCGAUUGCCACGAUUACAUGUCGAGCGUCACGGUCGACAUUCUGCUGGAAACCGCGAUGGGCGUGAGAGGCACGCAAAAGGAAAAGAGCAGCUUCGACUACGCCGUGGCUGUGAUGAAAAUGUGCAACAUUAUUCAUCAGCGCCAAUACAACUUCCUGUUACGUCUUGACUCGAUGUUCCAAUUCACGGCCUUUGCCAAGAAACAGAAACAAUACUUGGACACGAUUCAUGGCCUGACCAAGCGCGUCAUCAAGAAGCGCAAGGCCGAAGUCACGGAAACCAAGGAGGACUCCAAGACCAUGCAGGAGAUCGUGAAGGACAUGAGGGAUCAGAGGGAGGAGAGUACCAACGACAGCUUCUCGAAGAUGAAGUACGUGAGGGACGAUUUGGACGAGAUCGAUGAGAAUGACAUUGGAGAAAAAAGAAGGCUGGCAUUUUUGGAUCUGAUGCUGGAAUUGAGAAAAAAUGGCGCUCAGAUGACCGAUGAAGAAAUAAAAGAAGAAGUCGACACCAUUAUGUUUGAGGGCCACGAUACAACUGCUGCAGGAUCAAGCUUCGUCCUUUGCGUUUUGGGCGCCCAUCAAGACGUUCAGGCUCGAGUCAUGGAUGAAUUGAACGAGAUAUUCAAGGGUUCGGAUCGACCAUGCACGUUCCAGGACACCUUGGAAAUGAAAUAUCUCGAGAGAGUGAUUUUGGAAACUCUCCGACUGUUUCCACCAGUGCCAGCGAUCGCCAGAAAAAUUAACGAGGAUGUGCACUUGGCGUCUGGAGAUUACAUCGUGCCCGCCGGUUCAACCGUGGUGAUUCCCCAAUGGAAAACUCACCGUUUACCCGAGCAUUACCCGAAUCCCUUGAAGUUCGAUCCCGACAAUUUCUUACCCGAUAGAACGCAAGAUAGACAUUAUUACGCUUACAUUCCAUUCAGUGCUGGACCGCGAUCCUGCGUGGGUCGAAAGUACGCGAUGUUGAAGCUGAAAAUCUUGCUGUCGACGGUGCUGAGAAAUUACAAAGUGACCUCCGAUCUGAAGGAGGAAGAUUACAAACUGCAAGUCGACAUCAUCUUGAAGAGGUCCGACGGAUUCAGAAUAAAAAUCGAGCCGCGAAACGAGACGUUGGUCGCGUGAAUACAAAGAGAAACUGAAUUAUUGUAAAUUUAAAAUAGGUAUAUAAAUAAUAAAAUAAAUUAGCCGAUAAUUUUUCAUGAUAGCAUUGUGAGCUCUGUUAUACGGUUAAGGUAUAGAACGAUGAAAUUGUAAUAGGAAAAAAGUAAUUCAUAUAUCGAAUAAGGUUUGAUGAUUGGUUUUGUUCUCCGUCGUGUGUGCAACUGUAUAAUUCAUAUGAUUUUUUCAUCCGCGUAGCGCAUCAUAGCACUCAUUAGCCUAAGAUGAUAUUUUUUGAAUAAAAAUAAUACAUUAACAUUUUAAGAGAAAUAAAACCUUUAUUGACUUUUUAGAGGUCUGAAAUUACUGACUUUGCCUUUUAAUUGUUACAUUCUAUAUACAUGUUAAUAGCCAAAAUUUGUAAACUUAAUGAUUAUUUUUUUUAUGGCCCAGCCAAAUCAAUAAAAUUUAAAAAAAAAUUAACAAUAUAUAAUUCAAAAUAAAUAUAAUUAAUACUACGAUGAAUAAAGCAUUCAUUAUCAAAACAACGA